UCAGCGUUCUAAAAGUGAGUGUGCUCCAAAGGGCAAACUGGCAGAAAAUGUCCAGCAACUUUAAGCUUUUGGUGAAGAAUGCAAAACAAGUGGUUUUAGUGUGUAAAAAUGGUGAGAGGUAUCUGACCAAAGAUGGGAUGCAGAAUUUGGCAGUGAUUGAGAAUGGAAGUGUGAUAAUUGGACAUGAUGGACUAAUAAAAGCUGUGGGGAAUGCAGAGUCCAUUGAAGCACAGUUCAGGGCAGCUGUGUUUGAUAAAGUUCUGGAUGCUACGGGCAUGUGUGUUCUUCCUGGCCUGGUUGAUGCACACACUCAUCCGGUUUGGGCUGGGGACAGAGUACAUGAGUUUGCAAUGAAGCUAGCCGGAGCCACGUACAUGCAGGUGCAUGAGGCCGGCGGCGGCAUUCACUUCACAGUAAGCCACACGUGUGCCGCGUCCCCGGAGUCUCUACUGGAGGGGCUGAGGGGCCGUCUGGAGCGCAUGCUGAGGGCUGGAACUACGCUAGCAGAGUGUAAGAGCGGCUACGGCCUGGAGCUCCACACAGAGCUAAAAAUGCUGAGUGUUAUAGAGGCUGCUCGGAGAAACAUGCCCAUUGGGAUAUCCUCCACAUACUGUGGGGCGCAUGCUGUGCCCAGAGGUAAGACUAUGGAGGAAGCAACUGAAGAUGUUCUGUCAGUCCAGUUGCCUGCAAUACAAAAGCAAAUCGCUGCAGGAAACCUUAACGUGGACAACAUUGACGUGUUCUGUGAGAGAGGCGUUUUUGACCUGAGUGCCACCCGCCGAAUUCUACAGGCUGGUAAAGACAUGGGCCUCAACAUCAACUUCCAUGGAGAUGAACUUCAUCCAAUGAACUCUGCACAGCUUGGGGCACAGCUUGGUGCUUUAGCAAUAAGUCACCUGGAGGAAGUGACAGACGAGGGCAUUGCUGCCAUGGCAACAACCAAGACAUCAGCUGUCCUUCUGCCUACCACUGCCUAUAUUCUCAGGCUUCCCUGUCCUCGUGCCAGAGAUAUGCUGGAUGCUGGAGUUAUAGUAUCUCUGGGCAGUGACUUCAACCCUAAUGCUUACUGCUGUUCAAUGCCCUUGGUAAUGCACCUGGCCUGUGUAACACUACAAAUGUCGAUGCCUGAAGCUCUGGCUGCCGCCACUAUAAACGCAGCCUAUGCUCUUAAACGCUCACACUCACACGGAUCACUGGAACCCACGAAACAAGGAGAUCUACUUAUCAUCAACGCCCCACGAUGGGAGCAUCUUAUCUACCAAUUUGGAAGCCAUCAGGAGCUUAUCAGAUUUGUCAUCAUCAAAGGAAACAUUGUUUAUGAAAAUGAUAAAGUCCUGGACCUCUGAGUGUACAAACACAUUUAUUUCAAAGGGUUUGUGUCAUAAGAUACUAAACAGUCAGAAUGAAGAAAUCCAAAAUUACACAAGUUACUAUGAAGUCAUACUUACCUUACAAAAUAAGAUAUAAAUAAUAUGAAAUUAGUUAUUAACAAUAAAAAAAAAAAGGUAUUUACAUUUGUCCAAGCUGAAAUUGCUUCCAUUAGGUGUUUUAAAAUAAUUGAUCAGGGUACUGGUCAUUUCUCUGUGUGUGUGUGUGAGUGAGAGAGAGAAAAAAAGUGUGCAAGAACAAGAUUAUUAACA